AUGCGCCUCUGUAUAGCAAACAGUUUCUCCGAAAUCAAUGCCUGCGACAGUAGAGGGUGGAUGCCUCUUCACCGGGCAGCUGCAGUCGGCACGCCAGAAGAUGUCGAAGCGUUCCUAAGGCUUGGAGCAUCGCUUGAAGUUAGAGCGGACUGGUACGGCUGGACGGCGCUUUUCUUUGCUGCAUCGCACGAUAAUGUCGAGACAUUCAAGACGAUUGUCCAACAUUCAGGAGCCGGUGUCUUCGGGUCCCUCGACGGAGAUGGAUGGAACCUCUUGCAUUGCUGCACAUAUUUUGGUGCUCCUCGCGUCAUGAGACUGGUGUUGCAGAGUGGCAUUGACAUAAACCAAAAAUCGCUCCCCGCACCACUUCCCGAAGACCCGGAAUUAUCCUAUAAAGAGCUGACUGCCUUCGAUAUUGCCAUCUAUAUGGGGCCCAACAGAUACAAAAUGUUCAUGGAUGCCCUAGCUGACACAGGCCGGGAAGUGGAGCUAGAAGGCAGUGAUGAUGUCUUCUGGGAUGCGGCCAAUGUAAAAACGGGGCCUGAUGACCCUCCAAAUCAGGGUGAAAGCGAAAAGGGGACUUCUGAUACAAUGUACGGUGCCGAGGAUUUUGAUGAUAGGUGGGCACUGCUGCACUGGGCAUCCUAUAACGGCUCGCCCAAGGUGCAAAGACUCCUCCUCUUGAAGGGAGCAAACCCGGAACACCUAGAUGCUAUUAUGAUGGAGGAUAACCGGACCUUAUUGCCAGCGAGUCCUUUUGAGGGGCGAUGA